AUGAUGAUGACAGUUCCUCGUACAACCAAACAAACCAAAUUAAACAUAACAAAAAAAGAGUCUUCUCGGUCAAUCAAGACGACGUUGGUAAAGCACAAAGUAGAAAGAAAAGCCACAUCUCUAGAACAGCAAUUUAUGCUGAUUUCAAUCUACGACUCAACACAAUGUGACGACGAUCACAAUGAUGAUGGCAAAAAAUUUUAA